CCGUUAUUAGAGGAAGAAAAAUGGCGGGAGUGACUUCUCAGAUAUUUAUCAGCUCAUCUUCGUCCCUGAGGCUGAAGAGGAUUGGUCAUCGGACGACGACGAGGUGCUUCUCUGGAUCGCCGGAGAAGAGAACUCCGGCUAUUCUGAAGUGGGCGGUUGGUGGAGUUACUGAAGUGAUACGGUUGUUCUCUUCGUCUACUUCUUCCAAUAUUCGUACAAAUGAGGAUAAAUUAAAAUUUGAGGUUACUGCUCGAGAUGUUGAUGAUGUGAUGGAGAUUUUGAGAUUAGAUUAUGGAAAUGCUUAUUUCGUCACAGGAAUCUUCACUACUGAAAUUUACUCGGAUGAUUGCAUCUUCGAGGACCCGACAAUCAGUUUCCAGGGUACAGAGUUGUACGAACGCAACUUGAGAUUACUUGUUCCGUUUCUCGAAGAUGCAUCCAUUGAACUUCAAAAUAUGGACAAGAGUGAGUUGUCCCAAGGAAACUAUAUACAGGCGACGUGGAAGCUACGAACUUACCUAAAAUUUCCAUGGAGACCAUUGAUAUCAAUCAACGGUAGUACGGUCUAUGAACUUGAUAGAGACUUCAAAAUUGUGAGGCAUGUCGAGAGCUGGGAUGUCUCUGCGGUUGAAGCAAUCAGGCAGAUAUUCACCGUCAACUCUUUUACCUCUCGUAGCUGAGUCUCUAAAGCACUAGAGAUUCAUGUAUUUUGUCCAUAACAAACUAAAAGUGACUCCAUCAAAUUUGAUAUUAUAAUACAAAG